UUAGCUUGGGCAGGAACGGGUGUUUUUUCAGGAGGGAAACUUCACCGGGCUUUAUCCCGAUUUAAACACGACUAAUUCAUCCAGUUAAAAAAAUACGAGUCAUUAUAGCCAUAUUGAAAGGAUAGUCUUGAACGGACAUCAUCCAUUUUUUCCCCCGUGGUUGCACGUUGGCCAAUAGAACGGAUGGUAAAGGCGGGUUACCCACUCGACGAAGAAUUCUAACAAGGCACCCCGAUCUCCACCCCCUGUAUUUCCAUCUUUUCUUCACACGAACAACGGGGAUUUUGGCCUGGUCUCGGAGAAGCAGUAUAUCCUUCGCGUCGGACUAAUUAAAGAAAAAAUCUUCAUCCAGUUCAAGGAGCCCACCAGUCAUGUCUGGCAUUGCAUUGAGCCGGCUUGCUCAGGAGCGCAAAGCGUGGCGGAAAGACCACCCAUUCGGCUUUGUGGCUGUGCCGACGAAAAACCCAGAUGGAACGAUGAACUUGAUGAACUGGGAAUGUGCUAUUCCUGGGAAGAAGGGGACCCCAUGGGAAGGAGGCUUGUUCAAACUGCGGAUGCUGUUCAAGGAUGACUAUCCUUCCUCGCCCCCAAAGUGUAAAUUUGAGCCUCCACUCUUCCAUCCUAACGUAUAUCCGUCAGGCACAGUAUGCCUAUCCAUUCUAGAGGAAGACAAGGACUGGCGACCAGCCAUCACCAUCAAGCAGAUCCUAUUAGGAAUACAGGAACUCUUAAAUGAGCCCAAUAUCCAGGAUCCAGCCCAAGCAGAGGCAUACACAAUUUACUGCCAAAACAGAGUAGAAUAUGAAAAAAGAGUUCGAGCACAGGCCAAAAAAUUCUCCCCUUCAUAAGGGUGAAGAUAGUCCGGCUUCGGCAGAAGGAAUGGAUCAAACGUGGAUCACCGCCCCUGUUUCUCUAUGAAUGUGCCCCUCUCACAUCAGGACUCGCUUAUAAGGACUUCUAUUUAAAACUCUUGACAGGCAUUCUGUGCCAUCUUCUACUCUGACCUACCCCCCCUUUUUUUAACUGCUGGGCUGGUGUGUGGCGGGUGCUAGGAGGAAAUGGGUGCCGUAGCACCCUGGCCGCUUCCUUUUAGCUGUAUUACUUGUCUUAUGGUGCGAGGGACACGGCAAAGUACCGGUUUCACCAUCGACUCAAAAAUAACCCGAUCUUCAUCCUCUUUAGAGGAAGAGAACGUCUUGGUUGUCUUGUUUUUUUGUGGGUUUUUUUGCUCUCAAAGAUGGUCUAUUCCUUAAACCCCUCCCUUCUCAUAUUUCCAUGAUUUUAAUUAUGUAAAAUGUGCUAAUUUCUUAAUUGUCAGUCUUUCAACUGCUGUAUAAUGAAUGGCACUUUUAUACUGUCAUCUCACAAUUGUCUCUAGUUUGCUCUGUCUGAUUCUCUUAUGCAGGUUUUCUAUUCAGCAUGCUGUAAUAUAAGAUAAUCUGCUGUCUUUUUGUUAUUUGGAGUGUUUGCUAUGAAAAAAAGAAAAUGGCCACAUUGACUCGCAAGGCAGGUAGGCUUACGUCUGUAUCAGUCUUUACGUUUAUAUGGUGCUUUGUUCAUGUAUGUUUUAGAGUAAAUAAACUGUUUCUAUAAAGCCAUUGUUACUGUCUAGAGCAGUAAAACUAGUGGUUAACAAAUGUUGGCAUAGAAAUGUUAUAAUAGCUAUAGCUGACACCCCCAUGAAACUCUAUUUAAGACACUUUCUAUAUACCAUAUUUUGUACAAAUAGUAUAUUAAAACAUGUUUGUUUGCACAUCA